GGUUUGCUCAGCGCAGGUCGGAAGUGUUGCUUUUUGGCGGCUCCCGGUGGAGAAGGGUGGUGCUUCGGGCGGCGCGGGGUUCGCUGAGGAGUUCGGGUUCUCGCGGCGGUGCCGGGAUUUGACCAUCACCAUGUCGAGCAAAAGGGCAAAGACCAAAACCACCAAGAAGCGCCCUCAGCGUGCAACAUCCAAUGUGUUUGCUAUGUUCGACCAGUCACAGAUCCAAGAAUUCAAAGAGGCCUUCAACAUGAUUGACCAGAACAGAGAUGGUUUCAUUGACAAGGAAGAUUUGCAUGAUAUGCUUGCCUCGUUGGGAAAAAACCCAACUGAUGAGUACCUGGAUGCCAUGAUGAAUGAGGCUCCAGGCCCCAUCAACUUCACCAUGUUUCUCACCAUGUUUGGUGAGAAGUUAAAUGGCACAGACCCUGAGGAUGUCAUCAGAAAUGCCUUCGCUUGCUUUGAUGAGGAAGCAACUGGCACCAUUCAGGAGGAUUACCUGCGGGAGCUGCUGACAACCAUGGGUGAUCGCUUCACAGAUGAGGAGGUGGAUGAGCUGUACCGAGAAGCCCCUAUUGACAAAAAGGGCAAUUUCAAUUACAUUGAAUUCACACGUAUCCUCAAACACGGAGCAAAAGACAAAGAUGACUGAAAAGAACUUCAAAUUCCAGCCAUAUGUUCCUUAUUGCCACUCUGGGUAUUUCUGAGAUUUUUCUCUUAGAGCCUGUUGCAUGCCCUUAGCUAUAGAGCUUUUGCUUUUCCUGUUUUGUAUUUAUUCUCAGCCAUUUGGGCACAUGUAUCUUUAUAAUCAGACUGGAAUUGGGACUUUUUGUCAUUCUCAGAAUAGAAAAUAGGGUAAUUUAAUUUACCAGUGGUCCCAUCCCCUCCCCCAAGUAACUGCAGUCCACACAGAGUCAAUAUAUUUUUUCAGAGAAAGUUAUUCACUCAAUUUUUUCUGAACCAUAAUUAAAACUUUAUCAUAAAACAC